UUAGUGGAGGGGCUGCGCUGCCCCCGGGGGGGGGCAGCACAGCCCAAUGGGUCAGAAAGGCCACAAAGACUCCCUUUACCCUUGUGGGGGGACAUCUGUGAGCAGCCUCCAUGAGGCCUUGGAGCAGUGCAUGACUGCCCUGGACCUCUUCCUCACCAACCAGUUCUCAGAAGCACUCAGCUACCUCAAGCCCAGAACCAAGGAGAGCAUGUAUCAUUCGCUGACUUAUGCCACCAUCCUGGAGAUGCAGGCCAUGAUGACCUUUGACCCUCAGGACAUCCUGCUUGCUGGCAACAUGAUGAAGGAGGCACAGUCGUUGUGUCAAAGGCACCGGAAGAAGUCCUCCGUAACAGAUUCCUUCAGCAACCUGGUGCACCGCACCACUAUGGACCAGUUCACGGAAGAGGAAAUCCAUGCUGAGGUCUGCUACGCAGAGUGCCUGCUGCAGAGAGCAGCUCUGACCUUCCUGCAGGAUGAGAACAUGGUGAGCUUCAUCAAGGGUGGCAUCAAGGUCCGAAACAGCUACCAGACCUAUAAGGAGCUGGACAGCCUCGUCCAGUCCUCACAGUACUGCAAGGGGGAGAACCACAGGCACUUUGAAGGCGGGGUGAAGCUUGGUGUGGGAGCCUUCAACCUGACGCUGUCCAUGCUUCCUACUAGGAUCCUGCGGCUGCUGGAGUUCGUGGGGUUCUCAGGAAAUAAGGACUACGGGCUGCUGCAGCUGGAGGAAGGCGCUUCAGGACACAGCUUCAGAGCUGUGCUGUGUGUCAUGCUGCUACUCUGCUACCAUACCUUCCUCACCUUUGUGCUUGGAACUGGAAACGUUAACAUCGAGGAGGCGGAGAAGCUCUUGAAGCCCUACCUGAAGCGUUACCCUAAGGGUGCCAUCUUCCUGUUCUUCGCAGGACGGAUUGAAGCUAUUAAAGGCAACAUUGACACAGCCAUCCGACGGUUCGAGGAGUGCUGUGAGGCCCAGCAGCACUGGAAGCAGUUCCACCACAUGUGCUACUGGGAGCUGAUGUGGUGCUUCACCUACAAGGGCCAGUGGAAGAUGGCCUACUUCUACGCCGACCUGCUCAGCAAGGAGAACUCCUGGUCCAAGGCCACCUACAUCUACAUGAAGGCUGCCUACCUCAGCAUGUUUGGGGAGGAGGACUACAAGCCAUUUGGAGAUGACGAAGUGGAGCUGUUUAGAGCUGUGCCAGGCCUGAAGCUCAAGAUUGCUGGGAAGUCUCUGCCCACGGAGAAGUUCGCCAUCCGGAAGGCCAGACGCUACCUCUCCCCCACCCCUAUCUCACUGCCAGUCCCUGCUCUGGAAAUGAUGUACGUCUGGAACGGCUACGCUGUGAUUGGGAAGCAGCGAGAACUCACCGACGGGAUACUUGAGAUCAUCACUCAGGCUGAAGUGACGCUGGAAAAGGGCCCCGAGAAUGAGUUCUCAGUGGAUGAUGAGUGCUUGGUGAAAUUGCUGAAAGGCCUGUGUCUGAAGUACCUGGGCCGUGUCCAUGAGGCUGAGGAGAAUUUCAGGAGCAUUUCUGCCAGUGAAAAGAAGAUUAAAUAUGACCAUUACUUGAUCCCAAAUGCCCUGCUGGAGCUGGCCCUGCUGUUUAUGGAACAAGGGAGAAAUGAAGAGGCCGUCAAACUUUUGGAAACUGCCAAGCAAAACUACAAGAAUUACUCCAUGGAGUCAAGGACACAUUUUCGAAUCCAGGCAGCCAUGCUCCAAGCCAAGUCUUCCCUUGAAAAUGGCAGCAGAACCAUGAUUUCGUCAGUGUCUUUAUAGCUUUAUACAGCACCCCUGGGCUGGAAGAUGAGGAAAGACAGCUGGACAGAGCUCCUAGAAACAUUUCAAAAAGAUCCCUCUCCCUGUCUGCCCUUGGGGGCCACUGGUGCUCCAGUGGGAUGGCAGGACAUGGGUAUCAAUGUGGAAGCAAAGCUGGCAUUUUCCCUAGUAUGGCCAAGGGCCUUUGCCAAGGACAGAGCAGGUGGGGCCCUCUGCCUGCCCUUUCACACAUACGGGUACUUUUUUUUUUUUUUUUUUUUCCACUGUGAUGUUUAAGAGAAUGUAUGGAUAAUUUACAUUUUCCUUAGAGAUACAUUGAUGGGAUCAUAGUUGGAUAAAAAAAACAAAACAA